GAGGCAUGAGUUUGCAGGCGAAACCAAUCAAUGUCAAAUAAAGACAAAAGGUCAGGAAGCCUUUGGUUUCAUCCACUCUCAGCCAGAGAAAACCCACCCAGCCCCCAGCGGCCGGCGGUUUUUCCGCUGCGGCCGCGGCGGCCUCCGCUUUUGGUUGGCCAUGGAAGGCGCCGCGGAAGGCACCCAGCAACUGAGCAGUGGAUCCUCACUGGACUUGCUCUUUGACCCCCUCUUUGCUGCCCUCACGGAAGAUUUGACAAUGCUGGCCAAGGACUACCAGCGGUCCGUAGACGAAGCCUUGAACCAGCACAGGGACCGCGCCAUGCGCGGCGGUUGGCUGGGAGUCUUCGCCACGUUCAAUGACACAACUCAGACGACUCCGCUCACGACCAAUCCGGCCAGCCCCGCGCUGGUCCGCCAGGAGUCGGAAGCGCCGCUUGAGGCCUUUGUGACCGCGGGCGGCCGGAGCUUUGGCACGGCCUCCCCGGUGAUUUCGGAGCCGGGCUUUCGGCCCCAGGGCCCUCAGGGGGCGCACUCGCUUGGCGUGGAGGAGGGGCAAAGCAGCGACAUGUGGCAGGGCCGGCUGGCCAAGUUUGCAAAGCAGGCGCGUCUGCAGCCGACAGUGCUGGGAGAUCACAUGCCCCAGGAGCUGGAACGUUCGGAGAGGGAGAAGAGCAAAGAUCCCUACACCUCCAGCCGGAACUCGCUGGCCACCUUGAGCUCUCAGGACCCUACGUCCUCCUUUGCACCAACGCCACUGGAGACCUUUGCCGAGGAUGACCUGGCCAAAUCCCAGCCGUCCUCCUUCGCCAAGCGCCUGGCUGCAGGGCGCAAGGCGAGCAGGAGCCGCGAGGACGCGGAGGACCUCCAGUCCAAGUCCAAGAAGAUCCUCGGGGUCAUCGAGAGCACCUGGACCGACUUCCUCAUGGGGCUCCUGGUCUUAGUGAACGCCGCGGUGAUGGCUAUGGAACUGGAGUGCUUGGGUCACGAGGCUGGUGCAAGCAUCGCGAUCAAUCCGACAAUGAACUGUGCCAACGCCCCUUUCUUCACGGUCAUGGAGCAUGUCUUCACCUGGGUCUUUGCAGCGGAGCUGAUCUGCCGGCUCUUCAUCAUCAGGCGGCGGUACUUCAAGGACCCUCUGAACUUUUUGGACUCUUUCCUGGUGGUUCUUCCCAUCGUGGACCUCUACAUCCUGGCACCUCUGGCAGGCUACUCCCCCAACAUCCACAUCCUCCGGCUAUUGCGGCUGGGGAAGAUGGUGCGGGCAGUGCGACUGAUGCGUACCCUGAGGCUGUUUCAAGGCCUGCGGCUGCUGGUGCAGGCCUGCAGCUCCUUCCUGCCGUCCCUGGUUUGGUCCAUGGCGCUCCUGUUCAUUUGCAUGUUGAUGGGGGGCCUCGUUAUGGGCAACUUGUUGAUGGACUUUGUCACGGACGAUGCCAACCCCAUGGAGGAUCGGGUCUGGAUUUGGACCUACUACGGCACCGCCUACCGCUCCAUGUACACCAUGUAUGAGAUCACCUUCGCAGGUAACUGGCCAACUCGGGCACGUCCAGUGCUGGAGACAGUGGACCACUCCUACGCGAUUUUCUAUUUGGUGUAUAUCACGUUCAUCGUUUUCGCCGUGAUCCGCGUAAUCACGGCAGUGUUUCUGCGCGAGACCUUGGAGGCAGCAAACAACGACGCAGAGCUUAUGGUGCAAGAGCGCAUGCGCCAGAAGAAGAGGUACAUCAAGAAGCUCGAGGGCAUUUUCGAGGCUAUGGAUGACAGCGGAGAUGGAGUGCUAUCUGAGGACGAGAUGACGACGCUGCUGAUGGACCCCUGCGUCCAGGCGUAUUUGCAGAGUUUGGACCUCGACCUCGCAGAGGGCGAGGCCUUGUUCCAGCUCCUGCAGAACGGGGAGGGCAAAGUCACCUAUGAAGACUUCAUCGAUGGGGUGCUGCGGUGCAAAGGCCCGGCACGAGCAAUCGAUCAGAUAUCUCUCCAAUGCGAUGUGAAUCUGCUGAAUGACUCCUUGAGGCAGCUGACCACGGCGCUGGAGGACGGCAACGUGAUCCGGCGCCGCAAGGAGUCGAAGCGGCGCCGGAAGCGCCGGGUCCAGGAGCAGUUCACGUUGCGGAGGCAAACAUCAUUGUCAGGCUACAUGGUGGGCAAGUAGCGAAUACGUGCUGGUGCUCAGCAGGGAAUAAGAAUUGGAAUGAGCCCU